AUGAAUUACGACGAGGAACUAGCAGCACCGGUGUGGGACGAUGCGAAUGAGUCCUCAAACGUCGAAAACGGAGCAGAACUGGCCCAAACAUUUGCGAAUUUGAGUACUCUCCAGGAGCACGUCGACCAGGACGAAGAUGAGCAAGAGAGCCUUGUGAAGAGCGCUUGGAAUCAAGAGGAAGAAGAGCCACUGGCCAAGCAGGACCUUCUGGCGUCUUUAGCACCACAGGAAGACCCUCUGGCCGAAAUAGCUGUUCCCAGCGCGGGCGCAACCGACGGGAAGGGCGAGACAUUGUUCGGGGACGUGCAUACGUCGCCCUUGGAGGUCAGCGAGCAGGACUCAGAGGCCAUUUCUGCGACGAGUGGGGCCCGGGAUGCAUCGUCACCGGUGCGGAAAUCAGUCGCCAAACCUCAGAAGCUCUUUUCUUCAGCCCGUUUGCGUCGCCAUCCAUUGAAUGAAGCUCAAAAAGCCGAUCUUUUCGAAGACCCGCUCAAUUCCCACUCUACAGGCGCAGAUGAUGGUGAAGUAUUUGUGGAAGAGCCAUUGGAUGAGGAAGAGGGCAAAAAAGGCUCUUCGAAAAAAGAUAUCCUGCAACAAAUGGACGCUCCGUUGUUUAGAAUCUCUCCACGCAAAAGCUUGAGCGCUACGCCCUUGAUCAAGAAAAUCGCAGGCGGUGAUAGCCAAAACGUCGAAGCGCCACUUCAGCCUAACGAUAUUGUUACAGAGACAGAGCAGUUCGAGCCACCUAGUUCCGAUCUCAAAAUCGAGGUCGUCGAUCCCCUGAAAGUUGGAGACUUGACAUUCGCACACGUAGAAUACACAAUCUGGACCAGAAGCCCCAGAUUGAAUCCCCAGGAAGUGCGGGUUCAAAGACGUUAUAGAGACUUCCGGUGGCUGUACAGGCAGCUACAAAACAAUCACUGGGGCAAGAUCAUCCCUCCGCCGCCAGAAAAGCAGGCUGUUGGCAGAUUUAAAGAUGAUUUCAUUGAAAGUAGAAGGCUUCAAAUGGAGCGGAUGCUUACGAAGAUAGCCCAAGACAAAAAGUUUCAAGACGACGUAGACUUCAUGAUGUUUUUACAAAGUCAGAACUUUUCUCAGGAUUCAAAAAUCAGAGAACACCUCACCGGAUCUAACGCGUCAAGUGACAGCAAUGACAUUUCAGAGAUUCACAUUAGCCCAGUAGUUCUCCUAGGGCAUGAUGAUGCUGUAAAUGUGAUGAAAAAUGGUGGGCUCGACGAAGCCCAAAAAAGCUUUAUGAACAUAUCGUUCGGGGCACCUCCAAAGUACACGGAGCCAGAUGGCUUUUUUGUCGAGCAAAAACAGGGCAUGGAUGUCCUGGAGGAGCAGUUGAAGCAACUAUCAAAGUCGUUGGAAAUUGUUGAGACUCAAAGCAAUGAUCUCGCAUCGGUCACGGAAGAAUUUGCAAAUACAAUCAAAUCGCUUGAAGCACUUGAAGUGUCAAGGAAAGCUUCUGAUACUUUGGCUAACUUUGCCGAAGUACAUAUGCGUAUUAGGGACUCAUUACAGAGAAGCGCAAUGCAAGAAUCCCUCACUCUGGGUGUUACGAUUGAUGAGUACACACGCGCGCUAGCAAGCGUGAGGGCCGUGUUCAAUCAAAGGUCCAAGUUAGGCUACUACCUAGUCAUUGUGGAGAACGAUAUGGUCAAAAAAAAGGCGCAGCUGGAAAGAAGCACUCAAAAGGGCCCAUCGAAUAGAGUGAACGCUUUGACAAAAGAUUUGCAGGUGUUGCAGGACAGACACAAUAAAAUCAAAGCAAAAUGGCAAGAGAUUGGUGAUACUAUCAGAAGAGAAUUGCGCAAGCACGAUCACGAGAAGAUGGUCGAUUUCAGAAAUAACAUGGAAAUUUUCUUGGAAUCCAGCAUAGAGACGCAAAAGGAGUGCAUAGAGCUCUGGGAGACGUUCUAUCAGAAUAAUCUAUAG